GGGUGAUGAGGACGCGGUGGUCAGGGGCACGACGCUGUGCGGUGCGGGUGAUUUGCCCGCCGCCGCCGCCGCCGCCGCUUCCACCGCCCGGAUGGGAGGGGAUUUGGGCUGGCUUGUGUCUCUGCGGCAUGAGGCUUAGUCCCGAAUCGAGGUAGCCCUCGCAUCGGCGAUUUGAUUUGACGCAUUUCAUGCAGUGUGGCCUGGCCAAGUCGCACUUGAUGUGGCGUUUCCUGCAUUCUUUACACCCGUUCCGGGUCUUGGGCGCGCUCGCGCGGCUCUGCUUGGGUCGGUUCGAGAGCGAGAAGACAUGGACCUGGCCGUUUGGUGGAGUUCCCCUAAUUCCAGGCUGUUUGCUCUCUCUCGUUCGAUCUCUUCCAGGCUCUGGUACAAACGACAUGUCGACUAAAGUGCGCCCUGGACACCUCACUUCCAACCAACAAGUCUCUCACGUGCUACUUACGCCUUGAUAUCGCCCUCAUCGGUACUUUGAAACGAGGCUCUUGACGCUGGCCGCGAUUCCAACUGAAUUUGAGAACGCGUGCCUUGGAAGCUGUGAACCACGAACGUAGGCUCCGAUGAUCUGGUUUUGGUACCCAUGGUCUCGGCGUUUACUGCAGCGUAACGUGGUUAAAGGCGAUAAGUCGAUUGGCGAAACAGCAACAGCAACAGAAACAGCAGCGAGCAGGACGUUAUGAGAGUCAGAAGUAUGAACACGUUUUUCUUUUCGGAAGAUUCUGAAGAUGCCAUUUCCCCUGACUAACUAGCUGAGAGAAC